AUGUCUGAAAUAAAGCUUCUCAGCUCAGAUCAAGCGACAAUCACCGUCCAGAAGGAGGUUGCCGAGCGCUCCAUCCUUAUCAAGAACAUGCUUGAGGAUGUCGGUGAAGUCACCGAGGCCAUUCCCAUUCCUAAUGUGAACGAAUCUGUCCUCAAAAAGGUUAUUGAGUGGUGUGAGCACCACAAGGGCGACCCGCCUGCGCAAGCCGAUGAUGACUCCGACAGUCGGAAGAAAUCCACAGACAUCGACGAGUGGGACCAAAAGUUCAUGCAAGUCGACCAAGAGAUGCUCUUUGAGAUCAUUCUAGCUGCCAAUUACCUUGACAUCAAGCCACUUCUUGACGUCGGCUGCAAGACCGUCGCCAACAUGAUUAAGGGCAAGUCCCCCGACGAGAUCAGAAAGACCUUCAACAUUCAAAAUGAUUUCACUCCUGAAGAGGAGGAGCAGAUUAGGCGUGAGAACGAGUGGGCCGAGGAGUAA